AUGCCAAAAUACGCCGUCGACUUCACAGCUUUCUACAAAAGCCCCAUGGACACACCUUUCACCUCAGUAGGGACCCUCUACAGCCUGGGCUACAGAAACUAUCUCUUCAGGGAGCUGCCGCCGGUUGACCGCACGCCAGGGAACCAAGCAAAGGGUGAGCAAUGUCCAAAUAUCACGCAGGUCGGGUGA